UCGAUAAUGAUGAUGGACAUUGUGAUUGUCAUUCAUCAUCAACAACGACGAUGGUGGUAAAUAAACUUCAUGAUUCACAGAAUACUCAUUCAAUCAAUCGCCAUUGUAAUCAUUUAUCAUUGAAACCUAAAUUCUUCAAAAUCAAUUCAUCAUCAUCAUCAUCAUCAAUGAAUCUAUACAUUUAUUAUACGACCAUAUUAAUAUUUACGCUAUUAUCAACUACAUCUAUGAAUGUUCAAUAUGUAAAUGCAAUCCGUUCAUUACGUAUAAUGGCACCUGAUUAUAUAUUCUAUCGUGAUCCAAUGUGGCUCAAUUGUUCUGUAAUUGAUCUUGAUUAUAAUCAAAUAUAUUCAAUCAAAUGGUUUAAAGAUAAUGAUGAAAUGUAUCGUUUCAUAACGGCUGAUGAAACAUCGCCACGUACGUUUUACGAUACACCCGGUAUUGUUAUUGAUGAAUCUCGUUCCAAUUAUGGAAAUCUUUACAUUUUACAUGCCGAUUUCAAGACUGAAGCAAAUUUCCGUUGUGAAGUAUUGGCUGAAAAUGAUUUUACUACGGCUAUUCAAAUCAAAAAAAUUCGUGUCUAUUAUAUACCACGUGAUGGUCAACCAAUAAUUGUUGGUAAAAAAUCACAUUUUGGACCUAAUGAACCGGUUAAUUUGACAUGUACAUCACCAAUGUCAACACCAGCUGCACGUUUAGUUGUCAAUUUGAAUGGAAAUAGUUUGGUUGCCAGCAAUAGUAACAAUAAUAAUGUCAAUGUCAAUGAUAAUGAUGUAAUCAAAAAUAAUCAAGUCAUAAUGCGUACUUAUUAUCGUCAUUUUGAAAAUGGUCAAUCAUCCACUUCGGUGAAUGUACAAUUUCCCGGUUCAUGGUUACAAACCAAACGUAUUAAUCAAUUUGAAUGUACAUCAUCCAUUAUACAUCGUUAUAAUCGUACGGCUAGUCUACGUGUUGAAUGGAAAAUUGAUCCAAUCAAUAAUCAUACGUUAUAUGUACCGGUAUUGGAUCAUAAUAUUAAUAAUAAUCAUCUUCAAGAUCGUUUAGCACCAAGAAUCGAAAAUUUUAAGAAAAAAUAUAAUCUCGGUGAACCGAUAUCAUUACGUUGUAUUUCAUCCAAAUAUAAACCAAUGCCUGAAUUAUAUUGGCUAUUGAAUGGACAACAUGUGGAUGCUCAAUAUUUAGAUUAUAAACAGAGUGAUUUCAAUCAAAAUGGUUUCAUACGUUUAGAUUUAAAAUAUCCAUUGAAUGGUGGACAGAAUAAUAAUGACAAUAAUGGUCAUCAACAUCAACGUAAUUUACACAGUCAUCCUCAUCAACAUCAACGACGGCAACAUGGACAACAACGAAUGAACAACAACAACAACAAUAACAACAAUGUUAAUUGGAAUAAUAAACGGCAGUUAUCAUCAUCGAAUCUUAAUUAUGAUUCAAAUGUUGUUGUAUCGAUAGAUAAACAACAACAACAAUCGACUAUUGAUUCCUAUCAUUUUGAAUGUAUACAAAUUUUAUCCAAUGUAAUUAGUGUUAGUAGUGAAGUUGUACAAUUAUAUGGUACAUCAUCAUCAUCAUCCAGUUCUAGUGGAUCUAAUCAUGAAUUGGAACAAUCAUUAAAUCAUGGUAAUUCUGUUGAAGCUGUGAAAAGUUUUAUUGGAAAUGGUGCAACGAUAACAACAUUAUCACCAUCAUCAUCAUUGUUAUUUAUACAGCAAUUAUAUUCAUUGGUUUUUAUGAUAAUAAUUUCCAUUCCUUGUAUCCUCAACAUUCAUUGAUAUUCCAUGCGAAAAAGAAUAUUCUGUAUCAUCAUCAUUAUUAUUAUUAUUAUUUCUAUAAAGUUAUCCAAAGAAUGGAAAAACUUUUUCUUUCUUUUAUCAUCAAUGAAAUCAUAUGAAUACGAAUAAAAUUCUCACCAUCAUCAUCAUCAUCAUCAUCAUCAGCAUCACCAUUCUACUGGAUCAAUCUGCCUGCCCAUUUGUUUUUAUGUUGUUUUAUUGUCAUCUAUCCAUCUCCUCUCUGUAUUAUUCCAUUUUUCUUUUUUUUUUUUUACUUACGUUUACUUUUACUUUGUUUGAAUCAUUUAUUCAUCAUUUUUGUUUUUUUUCCUUUUCACAUUCACUUAUUUUUUCGCUAUUUCUAUUUGUGAUUAUUAUUAUUAUUAUUAUUGUAACUAUAAAACGGAACGUAAAUACAAUUUAUCUAUUCUGUAUCAUUUUCUCGUUUUUCUAUUUAUUCAUUCAUGCAAUAACAUCUCACACAAACACAAACACAACACACACA